UACCAUAAGAUAGCUGAAGUGCUCGGAUUGAUUAAACUGGUGCAAAAUCGCUUUGAAAAUGUCAGGAAGAUAUCGUUUUAUGCGGUCCUAUGUGGGUCCGGUGAGGGGAGUAAUUUUAGACUGGAGCGGAACCACCGCCGAUAAGUAUGUCCUGGCCCCAGCUGUGGUGUUCUGUGACGUGUUUCAGAAGCACAAAGUUCCGAUAUCAAUGCAAGAAGCAAGGAAGCCAAUGGGAUUGCGUAAGGACCUUCACAUCAAGGCUAUUACUGAAGAUCCAGAUGUUAGAGAAAGAUGGACCAAAGUUUAUGGGAAGGAACCGGACCAAAGAGAUGUAGACAAUAUGUUCAAAGAUUUUGUGCCGAUGCAACUGAGUUGUCUUCGUAGGUAUACCGAUCUCAUUCCCGGAACGACAGAGGCGGUUAACAUCUUGAAGAAGGAGUUCGGUUGUAAAAUUGGCAGCACUACCGGGUUUUUACGCUCAAUGGUGGACGUACUUGUGGAAGAUGCUAACAAGCAAGGAUAUUACCCGGAUGUUACUGUUGCCGGCGAUGAAGUUGCGCAUGGCGCCAGGCCAAAGCCUUUCAUGGUUUACAAGAACAUGGAUCUUUUGGACGUCCAUCCCAUUCAGUCUGUUGUUAAGGUAGAUGAUACGAUUUCUGGCGUUGGAGAGGCGCUUGAAGCAGGUUGUUGGGGAGUGGGUGUGGCUAAAUACAGCAAUUAUAUGGGAAUAGACAGUUUUGAAGACGCCGAAAAACUUACCAAAGAGGAGGAGAAAAUUCGUUGUGAAAAAAGUAGCGAAAUGCUUCGGGAAACAGGUGCUCAUUAUGUCAUAGACAGUAUCAAAGAGCUUCCUGAAGUAGUUGAAGACAUUAACAGAAGGUUGGCACGAGGAGAAAAACCAUAAAGGAAUUUGAAAUGCCUUUGAAAUAUCUAGAUCGGUCGAUUUAUUGUACAAAAAUACGAUACUAAAUACAUGAGAUAUUAAUACAUGUAUUUGUCAGAUAUAGUAACUUAGUGUUGCAAUGAAUUUUUAAACAUCGAAACGUGUAAACUCGGAAAAGUUUUCCAUGGUGUAUAGAUCCGUCUGCACAUGGCGCACAUGAUCUGCAGUUACCGUAUGUUCCAUUUGAAACAGUAUAUGAAAAUAAAUAUUGUUUUUCAUUGUCA